AUGGAACAUUUCCUUAAUUUGAAUUACAUCCAAGCUAUUAACAAUUUGGAAGUUAUGGAGGAAAGACAAGAUGAUGUAGAUACAAUUCGGUUUCAUGAGGCGGAGAAUGCAUUCGAUAUAUUGACUGAAAGAGCGUUUGUCAAAAAAUUCAGACUUACAAAAGGUCUUGUCAAUAUAUUAAUAGAUGAACUGCGUCCAUACCUUGAACCCCCCUCUAGAAAAUCUGCUAUAAGUAUUGAGCGUAAAGUUUUAACGGCUUUACGAUUUUUUGCAAGUGGCUCAUAUCAGCAAGACAUUGGGGAGAAUUGA